CUUAGACAGCAGAAAGCAGCGCUUUAGGAGAUUUGAUCUGAGCUCUUUGCAAAAGAAAAGAUAAGCAGACCUGUUAGUGCAAGGGAAAAUGUCCAAACAACAAGAAAAUAAUCAAACGGAGUUAAGAGCAGUUUUGAUCGGAAGGCAAUACUCUGGGAAAACAUCGGUGAUCAACACUAUAUUGGAAAGCAGUGAAACAGAAGCUGAAGGAGAUGAGGAUGUGAAGAGAGAGGGGUUUAUUGAUGGCAGGAGAAUCAGUCUUGUUGAAACGCCUGGCUGGUGUAAAACCUUCAGUCUGAAUGAUUUAUCCAAUAUCUCCAAACAGCAGCUGGUCCGCAGGAUUUCCAUGAUUUCACCCGGACCUCAUGCAGUUCUGAUUGUGAUUCGGGCUGAUUCUGCAUUUACUGAUGCUGACAGGAGGUUUCUGGAGGACUAUGUGGAGCUGCUGGGACCCAAUGUCUGGACUUACACCCUCGUCAUCUUCACAAGAGGAGAUUUAAUUAAACCCAAACACAUAGAGCAGCGUAUUCAGGAGGAGGGCUCAGCGCUCAAGAGGCUUAUUGAAAAAUGUGAACAUAAAUAUCAUGUUUUUAAUAACUCAAACCAUCAUGAUCGAACCCAAGUAAAAGAGCUGUUCAAGAAAAUUGAAGGAAUUGUCAACAAGAAUAAAGUCAAGCACUUUAACAUUGACCAGGAAAAAUUAAAGAAAGUCAAUGAGCAGUGGGAGGAAAUUCAGACCAGAGCAAAUUCUAGAAAAUCCAGAGUACAGAAGGAGCGGUCCAAAGUUCAAGAAAAAGCGUAUGUGCGUCGUCUUGAGGAGAUCAGAGUUGUUUUGCUGGGAUGGGUUCUUGGUGGAAAGAGUUCAGCUGGAAACACCAUCUUGAACCGGGAUGAAUUUGCCACAGGAGGAAGAACCGGAGAGGGUAAGAGAGGCUUUGGAGAUGUAGAUGGAAGGAAGAUGACGGUUUUGGAUACUCCAGGCUGGUGGAAGUACUUUGCAUCGGAACUCAACCCAGAUUUCAUUAGAUCUGCAAUCUUUGGAAGCGUUUCAGAGUGUAAGAAGUUCCCUCAUUCCAUGCUGCUCGUGAUCCCAGCAGAUACGUCAUUUCAGGAAGAACAAAAGAGGAUCACUGAGCAAAAUAUGUCUAUCCUGGGAGAUGACGUCUGGAAACACACUAUAGUUCUGUUCACCUGGGGUGACAGAUUUAAAGACAUCUCAGUCGAGCAGCACAUUGAGAGUGAAGGUGAAGCUCUUCAGUGGCUGAUUGAGAAAUGCAGAAACAGAUACCACGUCUUUGACAACACAGACAAGAACAAUCGCGAUCAAGUCACAUAGCUGCUGCAGAAGAUUGAUGAGAUGGCAGCAGAAAACAGUCUGUUUUGCUUCAACACGAGGAAAAACUGUGAUAAGAAAACUGACAAACAGGAGGAUCUGAACAUGGAGAUCAGACUGAAGGAUGUCUGUCUCUUUCUAGAUGAAGGGUUU